AACUAUUUUGGUUCACUAUAUUUUUGGUCACACUCGUCAACUCAUCAUUUUUAAGCUCAACAAAAAUUCAGCCUGCAUAACAAUGGCGUUCACGCCUGUCACUUUGCCGCAACUUUCAAUUUCUCUUCCUUGCCCUUCAUUGCUACCACGUGGUACUACUAGAAAACUCAAUGUCACUGCAAAUUACUCUGUUUCCAAUUUUGCUUCUUUGACUGCUAGAAACCUUUCAAGGAGGAUGUUACUUUCCAUGGGAGCUAUACCUAUCUUGUAUAAUGUAAAUCUUGCUCUUGGUGCACCAAUUCCUCAGAUGGAGGAGCCUGAAAUACUUCGUAUCCAGUACCAGGAAGCUUCCCAGUGGAGUAGGGUUCAAGAUAUUGUUGAUGGAGAGGGACCAGCAGCUAAGGAAGGAGAUGUUGUAGCAUUUAAUUAUGUUUGUCGGCGAUCAAAUGGGUAUUUUGUUUACAGCACAGUAGAUCAAUUUACUGGAGAAGCCAUGCCUGUUACACUUACUCUGGAUGAAAAACAGAUCAUAAAAGGCUUGAAGGAUGUAUUAAUUGGCAUGAAAGUUGGAGGGAAGAGAAGAGCCUUGAUUCCGCCAUCAACGGGAUAUGUAAAUGAAAGUUUGAAACCCAUCCCAGAGGAGUUUGGCCCUCGACGUAGCCUUCUGUCCCAUGCAAACGAGCCUUUGAUCUUUGAGGUGCAGCUUUUGAAAAUAUUGUAAUGCCCUUUAUAUGCUUCGGUUAUCACAUCUUCUGUAAUUAUGAAAUUGAUUUAUAUGAAGCCAUUUCUUGAUUUAUUGAAGCUCUUAAUCUAGAUCAGUUAUGCCUGC